AGCCCUCAGUGAGCUGAGCCCUCUCUCUCUCUCUCUCUCUCUCUCUCUCUCGCGCGCGCGCGCGCGCAGACACAACAAUGUCUAACGUCUUGCUGAUGAUAUUUUUUGCCGUGCUCUUUAUGUCCAUAGUUCCACAGAAAACAGAUGGGGAAUUUGAGCAAUGGUGCAUAGCAGAUGAACAGACUCCAGAUGAGGAGUUGCAGGUGGCCUUGGAUUGGGCAUGUGGAAAAGGUGGUGCAGAUUGUAUCAAAAUUCAGGUCAACCAACCCUGCUAUUUUCCAAACACUGUGAGGGACCAUGCUUCCUAUGCAUUCAAUGAUUACUUUCAGAAAUUCAAGCACAAAGGUGGAUCUUGCUACUUCAAAGGUGCCGCCUUGAUCACAGAACUUGACCCAAGUCAUAACUCUUGCAAGUACCAGUUUGUUCCUUGAUUCCAAUUGAAGUAGUGUAAUUCGAGAGCUUUUCAGCUUGUCUCUAGCUUUGCCUUUGUGUGUAUGUCUUUUUUUUUUUUUUUUUUUGAAUUGGGGGAGAAGGGGGUUUUGAACUCUAGACCUCCACAAGCUUUUGGCGCUUUGCCUUUGUAGUGAGUAGUGAGAAUGGUUUUUCUUAAUGGAAGCAAACAGAUAAAAAGCCUACAAAGUGAGGUUGAAAUCAUUUUGGGUUCUGGUUCACCAUGGGAUGA